AUGGCUAGAGAUACUAACACUCAAUGUCAUUUGUCAACAUUGAUACAACAUAGUACAAACGAUGUUGAGCGUGAAGUAUUGUAUCCAUCACUACGCAAACCAGCACCAAUUUCAAUAUUGAAAGCGAAUCAAAAACGAAUUAAUCUAAAAGAGCAAAACACAAUGUUACGAAAUUAUCGAGAUGCCGCCACAGAACAAGCAGCACCAGUGCAAGUCCCAGAGGAGGCUCUAGACACUGUCACUACUGAUGUUAUUCCAUUUUCUGCUACUACGCCUGUUCCCACGUCUACGAUGCUGACUUCUUCUGUCGUAAAAGUUUCGAUUACAGUUACAAAUAAUACGAUUGACGGAAGAAAUCAUGAAAUGCCCAAUUAUCGAAAAUUUAUCUAUAUGGCAUUAGACGAUAUCAAAACGCGUAUUGCAGAAGAGCAACAAUUGAUACAUGCAUUAGACGAAGAGAAUAAGAGAGCAAUAAUCGAAAGGGAACAAUUGAUUUUACGAAUGAAAAAUCUCGCUACAAUUAUCUCAUCAAAUAAUGUUAAGUCAGAACGUUUAAGAAAUAGAAUUGAAGAAAAUGAAGAUUUAAAAGCUGUUAUUAUUGAUGUUGAAAGAUUAUCGUUAUUGAGACUAUUUUAUCAUCUGAAUGGUCAUCGAAGAUUUAAUAAUAGUCUUGUAAAUUUAAAUAUAUCCGAUAAAACAUCAACUAUUUUAAAUCUACUUAUCAAUUCGAACGCUCUUAGAUUAGAAUCGCCGGAAAAUCUUUGA